AUGAGUUGGAGUUUCCUUAUGCAACUGUUGGACGAGAUCGCCAACCACUCGACCUUUGUGGGCAAGAUCUGGUUCACACUAUUAAUCGUCUUCCGUAUCGUUCUGAUAGCCGUGGGGGGUGAAUCCAUAUACAACGACGAGCAGAGUGACUUUGUUUGCAAUACGCUGCAACCUGGGUGUGAGAAUGUUUGCUAUGAUGCCUUCGCUCCUCUAUCCCAGGUCAGGUUCUGGGUCUUCCAGGUCAUCAUGAUCACCACACCAACCAUCAUGUACUUGGGUUUUGCCAUACACAAGAUUGCACGUAUGGAAGACGAUGAGUACAGGCCACGGACCCGGAAAGGAAUGCCCAUGGCCAACUACGGGGCUGACCGUGAUUACGAGGAGGCAGAGAACAGCAGGGAGGAAGAUCCAGUGAUCUCAGAGGAGAUUGUGCCAGAGAAGGAAAAGGAGCCGGAGAAGCCCAGCAAGAAGCACAACGGUCGCCGACGUAUCAAGCGGGAUGGGCUGAUGAAGGUGUACAUUUUGCAGCUGCUCUCACGCGCGGCCUUCGAAGCGUCCUUCCUUUUUGGCCAGUACAUCUUGUAUGGCUUUGAAGUUGCACCUUCCUACCUCUGCACUCGCAUUAUUUAUUUAUUUUUUUGA